GCGGGGAAGCGGGGAGAGCAGGAGAGCGUCGGUGCGGAGGAGGGUGUACCCUUCCGCGCCGUUAAAAUGAAACUCUAGUGGCUGGAGUCUAGGUAGAGCGUGAGGGCAGCCGGCACUGUCAGGCCUUCUUGGACCCCGGCGGGAGCGCCCAGCUGAGCAGGGCUAACUGGACUCUCCAACGGGCCGUAAUCCCGAGGCUGCAGCAGCUUGGGUUCCGAGCCCGGCCGGAACGGAGCCCGAGUCCCGGUCCCUAAAGGGAUCGCUCUCUGCAGACCAGUGGGACCCCGAAACUUGAACGCAAUACCCACCCCCCUUUUUAUGCUUUUCUUUGUCACUUUCCCACCUGCUCCCAGCGCUUUCUCCCCCACCCCCCGCCCAUUAUUUCGAAGGACACAAAAGUAGAUUGCUCGGAAGGAUUUGAAGGUGCCGGGAGCUGUUCUCUGUGGAGAGCGACUGUGUAGAACGGAUUUUUGGGAAGCCGCUUUUUAACACCUUGGGGCUGGGCCCCCUGCAACCUUCUCUGUAUCUUUUUGAGGAGCAAAACUCGUAGGUUGAAAGUUCGGGGGGCAUUUUGCUGGGCGCUGUAGAAGAGAGAGGGGGAGGACCCCGUCCUCGUCCUGGUAGUUGCCUGGACUUGUACUGGCCGUUGGAAACCCCGAAGUACAUUCCGUCGCGAUGUACAAUACGGUGUGGAGUAUGGACCGCGAUGACGCAGACUGGAGGGAGGUGAUGAUGCCCUAUUCGACAGAACUGAUAUUUUAUAUUGAAAUGGAUCCUCCAGCUCUUCCACCGAAGCCACCUAAGCCAGUGACUUCAGCCGUUACAAAUGGAAUGAAGGACAGUUCUGUUUCUCUUCAGGAUGCAGAAUGGUACUGGGGGGAUAUUUCAAGGGAGGAGGUAAAUGACAAAUUACGGGAUAUGCCAGAUGGUACCUUCUUGGUCAGAGAUGCCUCAACAAAAAUGCAGGGAGAUUAUACUUUGACUUUACGGAAGGGAGGCAAUAAUAAAUUAAUAAAAAUCUAUCAUCGAGAUGGUAAAUACGGCUUUUCUGAUCCUCUGACAUUUAAUUCUGUGGUGGAGCUCAUUAACCACUAUCAUCAUGAAUCUCUUGCUCAGUACAAUCCCAAACUUGAUGUGAAGCUAAUGUACCCAGUGUCCAAAUACCAACAGGAUCAGUUGGUAAAAGAAGAUAACAUUGAUGCAGUUGGUAAAAAACUACAGGAGUAUCACUCCCAGUAUCAGGAAAAGAGUAAAGAGUAUGACAGGCUAUAUGAAGAAUACACGAGAACAUCUCAGGAAAUACAGAUGAAGCGGACUGCAAUUGAAGCUUUUAAUGAAACAAUUAAAAUAUUUGAAGAGCAGUGUCACACACAAGAACAAUAUAGCAAAGAAUAUAUUGAGCGAUUUCGCAGAGAGGGGAAUGAAAAGGAAAUUGAACGAAUUAUGAUGAAUUAUGACAAAUUGAAAUCACGUCUGGGUGAGAUUCAUGAUAGCAAAAUGCGUCUAGAGCAGGAUUUGAAGAAACAAGCUUUGGACAACCGGGAAAUAGAUAAAAAAAUGAACAGUAUUAAACCUGACUUGAUCCAGCUGCGCAAGAUCCGAGAUCAGCACCUUGUAUGGCUUAAUCACAAAGGAGUGAGACAGAAGCGCCUGAAUACCUGGCUGGGAAUCAAGAAUGAAGAUGCUGAUGAGACCUAUUUUAUCAAUGAGGAAGAUGAAAACCUGCCGCAUUAUGAUGAGAAAACCUGGUUUGUUGAGGAUAUCAAUCGAGUACAAGCAGAGGACUUGCUUUAUGGGAAACCCGAUGGUGCAUUCUUAAUUCGUGAGAGUAGCAAGAAAGGAUGUUAUGCUUGCUCUGUGGUUGCCGAUGGGGAAGUGAAGCACUGUGUGAUCUACAGCACUGCUCGGGGCUAUGGCUUUGCAGAGCCCUACAACCUGUAUGGCUCACUGAAGGAGCUGGUGCUCCAUUACCAGCAGACAUCCCUCGUCCAGCACAACGACUCCCUCAACGUCAGGCUUGCCUACCCUGUCCACGCACAGAUGCCCUCGCUCUGCAGAUAAAGAGGGAGUGGGAAGAGAGGUGGCUCUCUAGCAUUUUUUUCUACAGUUUUUAUUAGACUAUGAGGGCAUUCUUUCUACGUAGACUGCUUGUUUUGCACAAGAAGUGAUUCUGUGAAUGUGAAGUGGAGAGGCCGAGCAGCAGCCGGCCAGGAUGGGGGCAUAAGGGGCCUGAGAUUCUCUGGGACUCAGCCAUGCCGCUGCACUGACAUAGGAAGCUGGAAGCAGAUGUUGUUUUUUGGGAAUUCUGUUUCAUUGGGGUUUUUGUUUUGUUUAGCCAGGCAGCCUCAACAGAACACAUUAGGCUUGAUGGGGGUGGGAGGUUGUAUCUGGAAGUCUCUGAAGAGUCCAUGUCCUCUUUUGGUCUUUGACUCAGAAUUUGUCAGGGGCAUGGUUCUGUAGGGAGUUCUGUUUUGAUCCGGCAGCCUGUCUUCCUCCCAAAGAGAAAGCUGUUUUGGUCCUGUGGUAGAAUGGCAUUUGGUGAAAAAGGCAACCAAAGGAAAAUGGGGAGGCUUGGGAUUUCAUUUACGGACUCUCAGUCAAGGGAAUAAAAAAAAUCUUCAACUGAAUGUACUGUUUCUUAACCAACAUAACUUAGGCAUCAGUAUCUCAUAGCUCCUCCCUUUAAAGAAGCAUUGUUUAGAAACCAAACCGAUCCCAGCAAAACAAUGUUUGUUGCCGGACUAAGGUCUGAUGGAAGAAGGCGGCACUAGUGUCUGAAUGCACACUUCUGUACCAAAACUUGAAAAUAAAAGGAAAACUAAAAUUUGUUAGUUUUAGCCAAUACUAAAAUUGGUCAGUGUAACUCCUUCUGCCCUGCCCUUGUUUCUCAGAGAUAAAGAAUAGUGUUCUUUUUGUGGGCAUGUGAGCUUUGAAUCAUAAAAUGAAGUUGGUGCUUGUGUGGUGUUUCCUUAGCCUAAAGAAUGAUCUGUUGUUUGAAAUCUUUGUAACUUGUUUGUAUGAGUAAAGAAAAGGUGCAA